AUGGAGGUCCUUAAGGAAAGACAAGGAAGGUACGAAUGCGGUCUCCCUCUAGAUCCGCUCUUUAGCCCAUCCGAGCAGCUUGGAGGAAAGCCAUGGAGCAACGCUAUCAAACAGAUGUGUAGUGGCCCUGGCCUCACUCGCUGGCAGAUGCAUUUUCAUCCGGAGAUUGCCCCAGCUAUUGCGCACGAGGGAGUUUACUUUUGGCUCUUCUACCAUUUUUUGGGCCCAGAGGCUGCUGAUGAAUUGAAUAUUCAGGUGGAAAGGCAAUAUCUCUUUGUUCCUCUUGCAAAUCCAGUAGACUUCCCUGGACUUCACGAGCGCCUUAUGAAGGAACAAAGCAGAUCUAAAGGAAUCACAUUUACCUACACUUACAAAGGCUCAGAUCUAAGGAAGCCUCUGAGCUGCAGAAUAAGUCAACUGGCUCAAGAACACUUUCUGGCGCUCUUGAUGAUGCUCUCACUUCUUGUGGUGACUGGCCAUUUUGCCCAGCACUUCUAUUUAAAACACUACAUAAGGAAAGAAGUUUUGAAGCUCAUUCGGUUACACUCUCAACAAGCAGGAGACACGGCCGUAAGUAGAGGGAUUCCCACAGAAAGCAUAUAUAACCUAUUGUGCCACCGAGUUGCAAGGGGCGGCACUAUUCCUCGGCUGCUCCUACGGAACAGACUCACAGUGGAACUGGUGGAAGAUGCAUGCCAGGAGCUGCUUUGGAACCCAGAGACAGGGGUACACUCCUAUAGACUACACGAAUCAAACCACUGGUGGGCUGAAGAUACAACAUCUUCAUUUCCAGCCGAAAGUGAAGCAGCAGAAGAAAAUAAGCAGUCCGUGUGGAACAGCAUAGGCCCGACAGUUGGAAUGGCUCAAAACUCUGAGGCCGCCAACAGCCCCAGUCUUGGCGCACAUAUCCCUCAGUGGGAGAGAGAGAGCCCGCAUACUAGAGAAAGUGGAAGUAACCCCCUGUACUCCUGGCGUUAUGGGGAUUCCCCACCGCGAGGCCAUCUGUGGAAACAAGACUCUUUAGACAGCGCUGCAGAUUAUUUCGCAACAUCUAACGCUGGGGAGCGAAUGGCAAUAAAGAUGUACGAGAAUGGGGCUUCAGAAGGGAUGAAGCCAGCAAAAGGGCUGGAUGACUACUUGGGACUCAUGCGAGAGCUUCGGGAGCUACGGCGGGCAAGCCACGCAAUCUCUGGAGAACUCUCGCGAGACAGACACCUCAGAAGCCCGAACAUGUGA